AUGUCACACAAGGUUAUCGCAUUUGUUGCUUUCUUGGCCGUAGCCCAGGCUGGAGUUAUUUCUCCCGCCGUGCCGGUUCAAGUAGACAAAGAUUACGACUCCAACCCUCAUUACAUGUUUGCAUACAGCGUGAACGAUCCUUAUACUGGAGAUAGCAAAACCCAAGUAGAAGGCAGAGUAGGAGACCGAGUAGAAGGUCAAUAUUCUCUUGAUGAACCUGAUGGUACCCGUCGCAUUGUAGACUACACUGCCGAUGACGUCAACGGAUUUCAAGCUGUAGUCAGAAAAACUCCACAAGUAAAAGCCGCUAUCGUUACACCAGCUGUUCAGGUUAAGACAGUAGCAGUACCUGUUUCUGAAGUGUCCUCAUCUGGAGACUCAGUAAUAACAAAUGCUGCUUUGCCUGUCGUCGAUGCUAAAGUAGCCAACGUAGCAGGUCCUGUAGUUUCAGAAGUGUCAACCGUAGAUAAUAUUUCUCCGCUUUCCAAAGUCUCUUCUGUAUCGACAGUGCAGCACAUCGCCCCUAUAGCUAAAGUAGCUCACGUAGAAACCCCAGUUGCUCAUUUAUCUCACGUUACUGCUCUACCUGUUGCUCAUGUCGCUGAAUUUAUCGCCUUCGCUACUCUUUUAGCCGCUGCUCAAGCUGGCCUCCUUCCAGCAGCCCCACUUGGUUACGCUGCGGCCCCUGUUGCCUAUGCUACUCCCUUAGCAAAGACUGUUGUCGCUCCUGUAGCGAAAACAGUGGUAGCUGACGACUACGACCCACAUCCACAAUACAAUUUCGCUUACGACAUUCAAGAUAGCCUAACCGGAGACAAUAAAAACCAGCACGAAGUUCGUGAUGGUGACGUUGUGCAAGGUAGCUACUCUUUGGUUGAUUCCGACGGCUUCAGACGCACUGUUGACUACACUGCCGAUCCACUUAACGGAUUCAACGCUGUUGUCCAUAGAGAACCUCUUGUCCAAAAAGCCAUCGUUGCCAAAGCUGUUGCACCUGUAGCGUAUGCCGCCCCAGUUGCUAAAUUCGCAGCUCCAGUUGCCUAUGCUGCUCCAGUAGCCAAAAUUGCUGCUCCCCUUGCCUAUGCUGCGCCUGUAGCUAAAUUCGCCGCACCUGUUGCUCAAUACUACCACUGA